UGAAACUCUGUCUCUGACUCAUUCUGCAUUAUUUGGACCUUCUUGUUAAUUCGGCAAAUGUUCUACACAAACUUCUUUCUGUCUUUGUUUAGAAACAUUGUGUGUGUUUGUCCCAGUGAUGAACAUGUUAGACACAUGUUACUCUCAGGUGUUACAGGAUCUGGAGUCAGUCUGGUUCAGGGCUUCGUCCUGAUGUCGGGACGUUCUGAUGUGACACAGCAGCACUCUCUAGUGGCGUGUUGGAGACAUGAAGCAAGUUUCUGCUCAGUUAAUCUAAUGUCGUCUUUCUGGCCUUUAGUUUGACAUUUUUCACCAUCAUGCAUCAUCUUUAAAGUUUUUACUAUCUUUAAUUCAAAGAGUGAGAGGAUCUCUGGACUCAGACGUCAGACGAUCGUCCUGAGAUCUGUCUCGGUGUGAAAUCAGAAAUAUCUACAUGUGUAAAUCACACUGCUCGUCUGUCAUGUUUUCUUUGCUUGUCUUCUUCGUCUGCAGCGUCUGCAGCUCUGAGUUCAGCCGUAACAUCCCCUCAUUGUUAUUUAUUGUUCUUAAAUUGUACUUUGGUCGGUGUUGGGGAUUGAGGGAGAGGGGACAAAGUUCACAGGGAGCAUGAAGGAGGAGGGGGUGAACAGGAGGAAGGUUAAAAAAAAAAAGAAAAUUGACCUUUGAAAGGAAAACAGCAGGUGGAGAUCUAAAACCAGGCAGCUCAGGACACAUCGGGAGGAAACUCAACACAGGAAAAAUGAAAGUAUAAGAAGGACUGCAGACAUGAUGAGGCCCGCCGCUGCCCGUCUGUGAGCGUGGAAGUGCACACAGGAUCAGUGUUUGUUUGCGAGGCGGCAGCGAGGUGAGGCGUCAGAAUAAUGGAGGAGAGGAUAGAGGAGAGAGACAGAGUCAUGGCGAGGCCGAGCCGUCUGACCGCCCUCCAGGAGCAGCUGGUCUGGGCCCUGCUGGGGUCCGGACUGUCCCGGGACGUCCUGGUCCAAGCCAUCGGGGAGCUGGAGCGGGACAGGGCGAGCGCCGGCGCUGAGAGGGCAGAGAGGGGGGACGGAGAGAGCUCCGAGGAGGGGGAGAUGGAUUUCCCACCGCCGAUAUACCGAGAGCUGGAGAAGCUUCCCCCACAGGAGGCGGCCAAGCUGAAGGCUGAGGUGGAUCAGCUCCUGCAAGGCGACCCCUGGCACGUUGCAAAAAUGGUGAAAAGCUACAUGCAGCAGCACAACCUCCCUCAGAGAGAGGUGGUGGAGUCCACCGGACUCAACCAGUCCCACCUCUCCCAGCACCUCAACAAAGGCACGCCCAUGAAGAACCAGAAGAGAGCGUCUCUGUACACCUGGUACGUCAAGAAGCAGUGCGAGAUCAGCCAACAGUUUACCAACGCCAAACACGGCGUGUCGUCAGGGGAGGAGCCGGGAGAGGACAGCAGGAAGGGACGCAGGAACAGGUUCAAAUGGGGUCCAGCGUCUCUUCAGAUCCUCUUCCACGCCUACGACCGACAGAAGAACCCCAGCAAGGAGGAGAGGGAGGGGUUAGUGGAGGAGUGCAACAGGGCGGAGUGUAUCCAGAGGGGGGUGUCUCCCUCUCAGCUCGCCGGCCUCGGCUCCAACCUGGUCACUGAGGUCCGGGUGUACAACUGGUUCGCCAACCGCCGCAAAGAGGAGGCCUUCCGACACAAACUGGCUCUCGACACGCCUUACACCACCCAGGCGUCCUCUCACCCCACCCUCCCAUCAAGUCCUGAGCACGGUGUGAAAUACAGCCAUCAGAUCCUGUGUGACACAGUGAGCUCAGUCAGAGGAGGUGGAGGAGAGAGAGUGGGUCGUCUUGUGGUCAGUCCGAUCCAGCUGGAGCCCAGUCACACACUCCUCGAGACUCAAAACCCCAAACAGGUGUCCAGCGGCGGCCCACUGCCCCCAGUAAGCACUCUGACCUCCCUGCACAGCCUGUCCGCCUCCCCCGCCUCCUCACAGAGCCUCAUCAUGGCCUCGCUGCCCGGCGUCAUGAGCCUGGGGGAGUCCUCACUCCUCAUCGGUUUGACCUCCACGCAGCCUCAGACUGUGCCUGUCAUCAACAGCGUGGGGGGCGGGUUCACCACGCUGCAGCCAAUCUCCUUCCAGCAGCAGCUACACGCCUCGUCACAGCAGCCAUUAGCUCAGCAGCUGAGUCACAUGGGCGCCAGUCCCUUCAUGACCACCAUGACACAGCUGCCCUGCCACAUGUACAAGUCAGACUCACCUCAGUACCACUCGUCCAGCCUGCUGUCUCAGGCCAUGGUCAUCGCAGACGGCAGCAGCCUCGGGACGCUGACGAGCCUCGCCGCCGUCCGGCAGAUUCUAACGGCAGAUCCUGAGGAAGAGACAGACUCACCUUUACAAGAAGACUCUCUACAGCUGCAGCCACACACACCUGUACCAGCCUCUUCAGAGAGCCUGGAGCUGUAUCCUGCUCCUCAGACGACGGACAGCCAUCAGUCUCACCUGCUGUCAGCUUCACCUGCAGACAUCAGCUCCUACAUCCCUACACAGAUGGUGUCCACCGCACAGUAGCAGUGCUCCGUCUUCACGACCGGCCGGACUCAGGUGGGCCGGCG